AUGGAUUCGGAGACCGAACACACGCAGGAGCCCACGCCGGCGCCCGCCUUCAACAGCGAGCCGGCGGCGGUAUUCUUGCUUGUCUGGACCGGGGUUUGGACAGUCACCCUGUUCUGCGGCAUGGCAUUCCUCUUCUUCCACCGCAAAAUGCCUUUUUUGAAGAUCCGUGGCCUGGCUUUGUCGUUUGCUGCCGUCAUCAUGCUCCACCUGUACUGGGUCGCGGUGCAGGUUACGCUGUCAAUACGCGAAUUUAUUCCCAAGGGCUUAGAGUUCUGGGUCAUGAGCCUUUACUUGCCAUUUGGCAUUGCUCUGUUCCACGCCUCCAACAGCCGCUUUCUCUACAUUGCCAAGGCGCAGCGCAAGUACGCCGACAAGCCACUUUGUGAGAAGUCCGAGUCACAGUCACAGUCACCCGCCUGCAACUGGAGAGACAGGACCAUUGCUGGGAGGCUUCGGGAGCUAGACUACACCACCAAAAUGCUGGCUGUGGUCAGCACGGGCAUGGUCGUCCAGCUGCUCCUGACAGUCGUCAUGUAUCUCGUCUCACGCAAGUAUCACCCAUGGUUCGGCGCCCCUGGCACGGAAGUCAAGGGCACCCCCACGCAGCAAAAGGUCGAGAUGACCCGCGGGUGGGAGUGGUGGCCUUCAGUCCUUUGGCAGUUCGUCUGGGCCUGGGUAGUUGCACCUGUCAUCCUCUGGAAAUCGCGCGAGAUCAAAGACACACAGGGGUGGCGACUCCAGACCAUUGCAUGCUGCAUCGCAAGUCUGCACGCUACUCCGAUGUGGCUUGCUGCCUUAUACGUACCAGACAUGGCGCCUGUCAACAAAUACUUUAUUGCCCCCCAAUGGAUUUGUCUCUCCAUUAUCUUCAUCGAAAUAUUCACAAUCUUUAUUCCGUGUUGGCAAGUGUUCAGGCACAAGUCACUCGAACAAGAGACGCUCGAGGCCAUCGCCCUUUGGGAAGCCAAAAACAAGGCCCGUAACGGCAGUGAUUCCAUCUUCACUGACUCAACCAAGGCUGGGACUCGCGACUCCAUCGCCUGGCAGUCACUCUCGCAGCUCGAAAGGGGUACUGGGCGAACCGAAAGUGUUUAUACAAUGAGCUCUCUGGAGUAUAUCUUGGACAAGAACCCCGAGCCCCUACGCAAAUUCUCGGCCCUCCGAGACUUUUCUGGAGAAAACAUUGCCUUCCUGUCGGCGGUUGGGGAGUGGAAGGCAUCGAUCCCGCGGACUCCAGAGGCUCAGGAAAAUUUGUCCGAACUCACCCGUGAGCGAUUCAACCGUGCCCUCCGGAUCUACACCGAGUUCAUUAGCCCCCACCACGCCGAGUUCCAGAUCAACAUCGCGUCACAAGACCUCAAGCGUUUGGAGAAGGUCUUUGGGGACGCGGCCAGGAUCCUACACGGCUACAGAACGGAGCGGUUCAUGGACCCCGUGGUCCCCUUCGAGCACGUCCCAUUGGGCCAAGGUUCUGCCUCGGACGAAUCAGAGGGAGACAUCUUGGCACGACAUGACCGCAUCACGGAUCGCGUGCAAUACUGGGGGGAUAUUCCGGAAGAGUUCAAUGCGGGGGUGUUUGACGACGCGGAGGCCAGUAUCAAGUAUCUGGUCCUCACCAACACGUGGCCUAAAUUCGUCAAGGAGAGGAGGUACUCGCUAUGCUCCGAGGAUUCGGGGGAGACCGCCGACACGGAGCACUCGGCCUCGGCGCUGUCGAGGUUCGCGAGGUAUAUCAGGGCUAUGAGGACUGUAUCGUAG